AUGGCCGCCGGGGACGCAGGCCGCGCGCCGACGGCAGCGGCCGCGCAAUCGCUGGUGGAGUCCUUCUGCGGCGUGACCUCCGCGACCCCCCAGGAGGCGGCCUUCUACCUCGAGAGCCACAACUGGGCCCUGGAAUCCGCGGUCCGCUCCUACUACGACUCCGCGGACGGCGAAGCCGACGCCGGCGCGGCCGAUCCAGUGCCCCCGCCACCAGCUGCACCUGCCGGAGGUGGGGAGGACACCGAAGAUGAGGAUUACGUGGUCGGCGGCGGCGGCGGCGAGGACGAGGAUGAUGAAGACUACGUCGAUGGCGACGACGGAGACGAUGAGGACGCCGCGCUCGCCGCUGAGGCCGUGGCGGAAGAGGAGAGGAGGCGGCCUGUGAAGAGGCAGAAGAGAAGCCACGACACGCGGGGUGGGAGCGGUAGCAGAAGCGGCAGCAGGGCCAGGGCGGGUGGUGCGAGUGCGCGGGGGAAUGUGAGGACGCUCUCCGAUCUCGGUGGUGGCAAGGGAACCGCGGGGUCCGACGAGAACUCCGAAGACGACGAUGAAUGGGCACCACCGCCCGAGUACUUCACUGGCGGCGAGACGAGUGGAAUGGUUGUUAGAGAUCGAUCAAAACGUAAAAACAACACGGAUGAGGUAUUCAAGCAAGCUAAAAGGAAGGGGGCUAAGCAAGGUCCGUUUGAGGCUCGCCGGCGAUCUAGUUCGAGGAACUUUACUGGGACUGGCAGACUUCUGACAGGUGAAACUGUAGAGCGUGAUGCACCACAGCCACCUGAAGAAAUUGUCCAUAACAUCUACUUCUGGAGGAAUGGCUUCACAGUAAACGAUGGCCCACUUAGAAGUUUCGAUGAUCCAGCAAAUGCAUCUUUUUUAAAGAGCAUUAAGGAUUCUGUCUGCCCAACUGAGCUUGAGCCGGCUGAUGGGAAAUCUAAGGUGAAUGUGAAUCUUGUCCGGAAGGAAGAAGAAUUUACUGAGCCAGUCAAGCGUGCUGCUCCUUUUGAAGGGGAACGAAGAACCCUCAUGGAACCUUCUGAUAAUAAUACUUCCAAUGCUGCUGCUUCCAGUAUUGUAACUGCUCCUCGGACAAUCACAGUGGACGAUGCUUUGCCGUCAACCUCCCUCCAAAUCAGGUUCGCAGACGGCAGUCGCUUGGUUGCCCGUUUCAACACAAGCCACACAAUUAGCGACGUGCGGGCAUUUAUCGACGCGACAAGGCCAGAAGCCAGUGAUUACACGCUGCAGGCCGGGUUCCCCCCAAAGCCGCUUGAGGACGCGACCAAGACCAUCGAGGAAGCCGGCGUGGCCAACUCGGUGAUCAUUCAGUCGGUCUAA